AUGACCGUCGCUCUCAACGCCGGCUUCACUUCUCCGCUUCAUAACAGAUACAAUCCUGUUGUAAGAUUCUCAACUCAAGCUAUACCGUUAAAGCUUUCGACUUUUGCUACCGACAUUUCUCAAAAUGGUUCAACAAGUUUGUUACUUUCAAGCAAAAGACGAUUGGUUGUAUCUUGUUCAGAGACAAAUGAUAAUUCGAUUACGACGACAUCCGUCGAUCCUCCCUCUUCGGAUUCUGUGAAACCAGGAAGUGAAUCCGUUGUUAAAUCGGGAAACAAUGGCUCUGCAAAGAGAGCACCAUUGACAGCACGAGAGAGACUAAGAGCAGCUCGUGUACUUAGCCGAUACACAGAAGCAACUCCGAAACCAUCAAGACCCAAAAUGGGGAGCCAAAUUCUUGAUGUGCUCAAGGAAAGCGAUAAGAAAUCGAAUAGGAAACCGGGUUUACCCGAAGCACCUACCAAUAUGCUUGAUGAUAGCAGGAGAGGUAUGCCGAAGAAAGGUCUUACAUUUGAUUUCCCCGGAGGUUCAGAUAUACUCGUCAUAGCUUUCUCCUUUGUGUUUAUAAGCACGGUGAUGUUUGCUACUACUUUUGUUGUCUGGAAACUCGGUGCGAUUCACUUCAACGAAAACUAA